GCAGCCCUCAUCAAAAGGAAGUCUCUGCUCUAUCUUCUCUGUGUGUUUUGGAUAGUCAACUGCUAGCUACCAGUGACAGUGAUAGAUAAGGACAUACAGCCAUAGGAAACAGCCAACGCCUUAAAGAGAUGUCUGGUGGUCCCAUCUCCUGCUUCUCCAAACAGGGAAUACUACUUCUCCUACUCUCCAACCUCCACUAUGAUGUGGGUGUUCCUCUGAUCAUCAACAAGAGAGUGGGGGACUUCGUGGAGCUGCUGGCAGGCAUAGAGAAUGGACAUUUCCAAUCCUUGGUGUGGAAGUAUAUGGGAAAGGAUAUUGCAGAAUUCAACUCAGAAGUUGUAUAUUCACCUGGAUCCCAGUUUGAGGGGAGACUAAAGAUGAACACCAAAAACAUCAGUUUAACAGUCAGAGAACUGACACUGCAAGACUCAGGGGAUUUUCUACUUGCAGGCGAAGGGGACAAAGGUCAGAUUGACAGUAAGACCAUCACUCUGAAGGUCCACGAGCCUAUAUCCAAGGUGGCGAUCCAGACAGACAUCAAGCUAUUGGCCAACCACUCCUGUACGGUACGGCUGGUGUGCAACGUGUCCUGCUACCCCAACCUCACCUACACCUGGGAGAGAGACAAUGAGAUCUACGGGGACGCCCAGCAGAUUUACUUCUCUCUCUCACCAGCAGAGAGAAACAUCAGUGUAAAGUGCAACGCCUCCAACCUGGUCAGUUGGAAAACUGCCUUUGAGACAUUAAAGUGCAGUAAUGACACAACCACCCCAGAAUAUGUGACAGGACUGGCGUGGUAUACCAUCUGUAUCGGAGAACCAGUGGGAGGCGCUGUGGUGCUGAUUCUUAUUGUAGCUGUGGCAUUGUGCUACUGCAGGGGCCAAAGUAUCACGGCAGAUCUAACUGACAACACAAUAUAUGCUGAUGUUAUGAUCAACACAAGAAGUAGAGAUCCGCAGACUCUGUAUGACAAGAUCACAUUUGGACUUCCAGAAGGCACCCUCCUCUCCCUACCAGAAAGUACUGUGAGCUGA